AUGGCGCAAGUUAAUGGGAGCUGCGAUCCCCAGUUCCAAGGUGUCCGCGAUGCCUUCUCCAAAUACAUCGUCUCCGGCGAGGAAAAUGGCGCGUCGCUGGCAGUCAAUUUCGAUGGCAAGGACGUGAUCAACCUAUUCGGAGGAUAUGCCGACAAUGCGCGGACGAGGCCUUGGACCGAAAAUACCAUCGUCAACAUGUUCUCGUGUACCAAGAUCGUAUCGGCGCUAGCCAUGCUCAAACUCGUGGAUCGCGGCCUGGUCUCGUUCACGGACAAGGUCGCCAAGUUCUGGCCCGAGUUCGCAGCCAACGGCAAGGAGAAUGUUGAGAUCGGGCACCUCCUAUCCCACAGCUCUGGCGUUGCGGGCUGGGAUAAGCCCAUGACGUACGAGGAUAUGUGCGACGUGCCCAAGUCAACGGCGGCUCUGGCGGCCCAGGCCCCAUUCUGGGAGCCCGGCUCCAUAUCCACUUAUCACUGCUGGGUGUACGGGCAUCUAAUCGGCGAGGUCGUGCGGCGCGUCACCGGGCUCGGGCUGAAGGAGUUUGUUGCCAACGAGCUCGCCGGUCCCACUGGGGCAGAUGUGCAAAUUGGCUGCAAGGAGGAGGACUGGCCUCGCACUUCGGAGCUGAUACCCCCGCCUGGCAUCGAUCUGCCACCGAUUCCACCAGACUCCCUCCCCGCCAAGAUCUUCAACCCCGUCCCAAACCCAGAAUUCGCGCAGACAGCGUUAUGGAGACGGUCUGACAUUGGUGGUGCAAAUGGGCAUGCCAACGCCGCAGCCUGUGUCCGUCUCUUGUCUAAGGUUACACUUGCCGGCCGUGGCGCCGAGCCGCACGUCCUUUCGAAGGAGACGGCGGAUGCCAUCUUCCAGGAGCAGACUCGUGGCGUUGAUGGAUUCAACGGCCUGUAUAUCCGCUGGGGCCUCGGUCUAGCACUCCGCGGAGAGGGUGAGACGGCAGUCGAUGACUGGCUGCCUCCUGGUCGGGUUGCGCUUUGGGGUGGUUGGGGCGGAUCAUUAUGCAUCUUGGACUUCGAGAGGAAGAUCACCAUCUCGUAUAUUAUGAAUAAGAUGAGGCUUGAGACGCCCGUAACGCCACUAGCGAGGGAAUAUUUGAAGGAGAUUUAUAAGAGUAUCGAUGUGAAAUGGUGA